GGUGCAGUCGGUUUGGGUCUCAUCGGAACUGUACUUGGCGGUGUCACCCUUGGUGUUAUUGGUGCUGCUGCAGCCUAUGGAAUACAAAAAAGCAGGGAGAAAAGGGAUCAUUAA